AUGUGGCGUGGUGAGUACACUGUGGCGUGUGGAAAUAUACUAGAUACCAAUAUUAUCACCAAUAUUAUCAAUAUAGGUGGCGGCCAUAUUGGCGGCCAUAUUGGCGGCCAUAUUGGCGGCCAUAUUGGCGGCCAUAUUGGCGGCCGUAUUGGCGGCCAUAUUGGCGGCCAUAUUGGCGGCCAUAUUGGCGGCCAUAUUGGCGGCCAUAUUGGCGGCCAUAUUGGCGGCCGUAUUGGCGGCCAUAUUGGCGGCCAUAUUGGCGGCCAUAUUGGCGGCCAUAUUGGCGGCCAUAUUGGCGGCCGUAUUGGCGGCCAUAUUGGCGGCCAUAUUGGCGGCCAUAUUGGCGGCCAUAUUGGCGGCCGUAUUGGCGGCCAUAUUGGCGGCCGUAUUGGCGGCCAUAUUGGCGGCCGUAUUGGCGGCCAUAUUGGCGGCCGUAUUGGCGGCCAUAUUGGCGGCCAUAUUGGCGGCCAUAUUGGCGGCCGUAUUGGCGGCCAUAUUGGCGGCCAUAUUGGCGGCCGUAUUGGCGGCCAUAUUGGCGGCCGUAUUGGCGGCCAUAUUGGCGGCCGUAUUGGCGGCCAUAUUGGCGGCCAUAUUGGCGGCCAUAUUGGCGGCCAUAUUGGCGGCCGUAUUGGCGGCCAUAUUGGCGGCCAUAUUGGCGGCCAUAUUUUAAAAAUCUCCACAAUCGCGUACCCAAGCUAG